GGACAAAAAUAUUAUGCAGGCUUGGCUGGUUGUUCAAUUACACAAAAUAAUUGUCACACUACACUCACAAUAUUCACAUACUUAGAAUCAACUCAUUACUCUAAUUUUAUCAGUUACACCGAAAUAACUAAGAUUAAAAAAAAUUAAUUCUGAAAAAUGAGUACCAUUCCCUUGUCCGAGGUGGUGAAUAGAUUUACCCGGACGCUUGACCAAAAUUUGAUCACCCAUUAUUACACAAUGUUACCAGAAGUUCUUAAAACAAAUGGUAAUAAAUUAUCAGAAGUUCGGAUUUCUUAUCAAAACGGGGAGAUCCAGUGGUCCGGAUAUGUCAGGGAAUUACUGGAAAAUUGGAUUUCAGAUCAGGGAAAAAUUGGGAAUACCGUGACGAUUAAGAGGUUGCGAAAUGCGUUGUCCUUAAUCGACAAGGAAUUUGCAAAAACAACUUUGCCAGAGGCCGACGACGUGCGAAUUACUGUCGACGCAAGUUGGAAGAUUAAUGGUGGAAUGAUUCUUGUUGCAGUAAUUGUGAUAUCACUUUUGAUUUUAUGGAUGACUGGCGAUGAUUAUUAAAAUCAUUUUCAUCAUCACUUUUUUAUCUGAAAUUUUUGUAUCUUGUGCUAACACGGCAAAUAUAUAAUUAAGUGAUUUCAUGUAAAACAAAUUAUAUCACUUAUCGUUAGGCUAUUUAUGAUGAUUACAUUAAUUGUUUGUCUGCAAAAAUAAUAAAGAAUGUGCACCAUGACACUUAUCCUUAUC